AUGUCAAAAAUCUGGAAAUCAUUUAAAGACACUUGUGAUACAUUCAGACAAGCAGCUGAAGGUCGUCAACGUGCUACAACUGAGUCUCAAGACCGUUAUUGGUAUGAGCCUUUCAUCUAUGACAGGGAUAAUACACACACUCCAGCCGCAUCACAUUCCGGAACUGCUAUACUCACUGUGAAUAUGAUGUCGUAUGUGAUUGCUGCAGUUAUUUUCGCUCCGGGACCACCAUAUAGGAAGAAUUUCCUUUCCAAUAAGCUAUAUGUCACAGUAAUCGUAGCAGAAUUCAUACUAGUGUCUUAUUUGACCAUCUAUCCUGCAGAUGCUUUUUCGAACUUUAUCAAUCUCAAGCCAUCGCCAUUCAUUGAAUAUCAUUUAGUCUUGUAUGUUUUAUCUUUAGCCAAUUUCAUCGUUUCCUAUAUAUGGGAAAUAUUCUUCAUUCAAGGAUUCCUCUUCGAAUAUGUAGUUCCAGCUCUACGAAGAUUAAGAGGACCAAUUCACAAGUAUGAGAAGCUCCAAAAGGAGUUAGAAGCCAAUAGUAAAUGGCCACCAGUUGGGCGCUAUGAAAUAGCCAAACUGAAAGAUGAGUAUGGAUCCGAUGAAGUGGAUGCUGCUAUUACCCGGCAUUCUAGUAGGAGAUACAAUUGGACAAGACAAAGCAGCGAUCUGAGACAUUCCAUGCUUGUUGGACUAAAACUUGCCAAAUCCAGCGAAACUGACGAUUCGCCGGACGAAGCUCUUUCUUUCGUGACUUUCAAGGAUGGAAGGCACAAAGUGAAUGCAACUGUCAACAAUAGUCAAGAUUUUGUUUAGAAUUUCUGAUGAAUAUCCUGAGAUAAGUGAAAAGGAAACAGUGAGGAUUUUUUAGAGAAAUAACGCUGAGUUAUUUAUGAUUUUAACGCUGGGUUAAAAUCAUUUGUUCUCAGUGUUCACAGCUCCGAAAAUAUAAACUGAAUCGUGAUCAUUUAUCCAGUGUUACCAUGCUACGCAGAAAAACAGUCUGUGGAUAUUUAAUCUGCGCAGUAUGAACAUGAAUUACUCCGUGUCAUUAGUGCGUCCCUUGCAAUAAAGAAUUUGAGAUCAGUCCAAAAAAUAUUUCAAAACCUGUUAUUUGCUGAUCGUAUUCCGAACCGAGAGACAUUUUCCGGCUUCUUUACGUCGCUAAUACUGCAGGCAGCCAACACAGAAUAAAUGAAUGACAUCACUAAAAGUGAGAAAAAAAAUCCAAGAAUUAUGAAUCCAUAUCUAAUUUUAGUGCUGAAAACAGUUGUAUUGUGAAGCUAAAAUAGCAUUUCAUGUUCUUAAAAGUCUAAAAUGAGUCGAAAUUGAAAGUUUUAUUCUUUCUUCGGAUAAAAAGAAAAUCAAAAUUUGCUAUUAACAAACGCUAUUAUUUUUAUUACCUAAAUUUCAUCAAAAAUGAAUCUUACUCUAAAACUAUAAAGCAUAUUUUAUAUAUUGCAUUUUUGUUAAAAUAUUUCAUAGUGAGAGAAAACUUCAUAAAAUAUUCCAAAAACACAGAAGCUGCGAAUAGUUUCGGUAGAUAUUUCGUAUAAAGUACCAAAUGACUUUUCAUACCAUUACUGAAAAUCAUCUCAAUAAAAUUUAGUGAAAUUCGCUAUUCUGUCAGGAAUAAUAGUUAGAUUAAGAGAUAAAAUAUGCAGGAUAAAUAAGCUAUUUACAAUACGGACAUCUGAUAUAAUUGCAGACGUAUUACGAUUAAACCAUGAGUCAAGCAAAAUGUAAAUGGGAAAAUGAUUAGUGGAAGUAGAUACACAAAUUUCGAAACAGAAAGUUGCAUAAAAAUGUACAUGGAAUGUAUAAAAUAUGUAUGGGAAAGAAAUAAGAUGUAAUGGUUAGGAAUCUGUACAUAACAUACACAUCUACAAACGUUAAUAAAAUAAACUAUAGCAAUAAAAAUAUAAAUUUCAUGAGUAGGAAAUAAUUAUCAUAUAUUUAUAUACAGAAAAGGAUUUUUUAAAGAAAUGCUUAAUUAUAUUUCAGAUUUGAAUUAUAGUAGCUCUUAAAUCUUUAUUGGAGCGAACACUGUAGAGUUCAAAACUCAAUGCUCUACUAGACAAUUUUAUGCUUAGUUCUUCAAGUGUCAAACGGUAUAGUCAAGUGUCAAACGGUCAAACGGUAUAGGAACUUUGCACUUUAGUUUAAGACAUUACAUUAAAAUUGCAUUCCAUCUACUGUUGUUGUAAGAAAGAAAAUGUAUGUUCCUUCUAGGCAUUUAUAUCAAGCAUCUCUUAAAAUGUCAUUUACAUAGUUCAAAUAUAUAGUUUUUCAUAUAU